AUGAUGGAGGAAUAUGGACGCAAACAUCCAGAAAAAGUUACACUGCUCAAUGAAUUCCGUGUAAUCUUCAUGAAGGAGUUUUUGCUUGGCAAGGGAAGUGAUGGAACCCGUGUUUACCUCGCCCUGGGAAAUAAUGGUUAUGGAAAAGCAGUAAAGCGAAUACCCAAAGAUAGCGGCAAUGACUUUGCCAAUCGAGAAAAAGAAAUUUUUAAUGAGUUGAAUGCAAAGCGUUCAAAUUAUGUUGUGAAUUUUUGGGGUUUAAAAGAGAACCUUGACGAAGAGUAUUUGUACAUGAUAUUAGAUUUGUGUGAAGAAUCUUUAGAGAGUUAUGUGAAAUCGUCUUCUUGGCAAGAUCUUCAAAAAGUCGUUCCUAAAGUUCUUAUUCAGAUCUUAAAUGGUCUAGUUCACCUUCACAGCGGUGAGCGUCCUAUUCUUCAUCGGGAUUUAAGACCCUCGAACGUUCUUCGAGAUGUACAAGGAAAUUUUUUAAUCGCUGACUUUGGUAUAAGUCAUAUGUUAUCUGAUGAAACUUCGACAUAUCGGAGCAUACAAAGAGGAGCUAAUAUUGGAUAG